AAUCCCAGCUCUUGCACACUCAGCCUUCCAUACCCCUCUAUUCGCCCUCCCUGACACACUCAGCCUCUCUGACCCACCUUGAACAUUCACCAUCACACACUCCCUGGAACAGCUCUGUCACUCUCAGCUCCUGCCACCACUCCCCAGCAAUACUGCCAGCCUUUCCCAAAUUCCCAGGGCUGCAGCCUUGCCCUGUCACCCACUCCAAACCCACCAUGUCCCUGGGGCCACUGAAAUUCCAGGCACUAGGUGAAGAAAAUGAAGAGGAUGAGGAGGAAGAGAGCCUGGACUCUGUGAAGGCGCUGACGGCCAAGCUGCAGCUGCAGACACGGCGGCCCUCAUAUCUGGAGUGGACAGCCCGAGUUCAGAGCCAGGCCUGGCGCAGGACCCAAACCAGACCUGGGCUGGGGGGCCCUGGGGCCCUCUGCGGAUUCGACUCAAUGGACUCUGCCCUUGAAUGGCUCCGACGGGAGCUGCAGGAGAUGCAGGCUCAGGACCGGCAGCUGGCCGGGCAGCUGCUACGCCUGCGCGCCCAGCUGCACCAGCUGAAGGUGGACCAAGCCUGUCACCUGCACCAAGAGCUGCUGGACGAGGCUGAGCUGGAGCUGGAGCUGGAGCCUGGGGCCGGCCUCGCCUUGGCCCCGCCGCUGCGGCACCUCGGCCUCACCCGCAUGAACAUCAGUGCCCGGCGCUUCACCCUCUGCUGAGGGGCACCUGCUUGCCUCCUGGGACCUCCUGGGAAGGGGGAAGGGAGGGGUUCCUCAAAGGUGCCAACACCUGGCAAGGGGUGGUGGGAGGGUUGCUAGGGGCGGGGCUCCCUCAGUUCUCUGGGAGCAUAAAGCCCCAGCAUCCUGUUACCCUUGCUGCCCUAGAUUGGGGAGGGGAGGUUAGAGGAAGGGGAGAAACUCACAGACCUCCAAGCUCUUCAAUAAAGGCCC